CUGAGGCGGCUGCACGUGGGGCGCUGGCUGAGGGUGCCGAGGAGGGGCGGGCGCUUAGUGAGCCGCGUCGUACGCGUGCGUGCGCGCGCCGUACCAGGGCAUCCGGCUGGGUGUUGAGUGCCGGAAGGUCUGUGCGGCUGCUAGCGGCGGGUGGCAUUCCCGCUGCAGUGUCCCCCGCCGCCUGGGCUAGGUCCCCCCAUGGUACCUUCCGGCGCCUAGUCUGGAAGACGCCGCUCGCUUCGUGGGAACAUGAAUCUCUUACCUAAAAGCUCCAAGGACUUUGGCUCUGUUGACUAUUGGGAGAAGUUCUUCCAGCAGCGGGGAAAGAAAGCUUUCGAGUGGUAUGGGAGCUACUUGGAGCUGUGCGAGGUGCUCCACAAAUACAUGAAGCCCAGGGAGAAGGUGCUUGUGAUUGGAUGUGGCAACUCAGAGCUGAGUGAACAACUUUAUGAUGUGGGAUAUCAGGACAUAGUGAACAUUGACAUCAGUGAGGUUGUCAUCAAGCAAAUGAAAGAACGCAAUGCCAGCCGACGGCCCCAGAUGAGCUUCUUGAAGAUGGACAUGACACAGAUGGAGUUUCAGGAUGCCUCGUUCCACGUGGUAUUGGACAAGGGCACCCUGGACGCUGUCCUGACAGAUGAGGAGGAGAAGACCCUGCAGCAGGUGGACAGGAUGUUGGCUGAGGUUGGCCGUGUCCUGCAGGUGGGCGGUCGCUACCUCUGCAUCUCCCUGGCUCAGGCUCACAUCCUGAAGAAAGCAGUGGGUCACUUCUCCCGGGAGGGGUGGAUGGUGAGGGUGCACCAAGUGGCCAACAGCCGGGACCAGGUGUUUGAAGCAGAGCCUCGGUUCUCCCUGCCUGUCUUUGCCUUCAUCAUGACCAAGUUCAGGCCAGUCCCUGGCUCUGCCCUUCAGAUCUUUGAGCUGUGUGCUCAGGAGCAGGGCAAGCCUGUGCGGCUGGAGAGUGCCGAUCAGCUGGCUGAGGCAGUGCAGGAGCGGCAGCAGUAUGCUUGGCUGUGUAGCCAGCUGCGCCGCAAGGCUGGGCUGGGGACUGUGUCUCUGGACUUGUGCAAUGGGGACACGGGGGAGCCACGCUACACCCUGCACGUGGUGGACAGCCCCACUGUGAAACCAUCGCGGGACAGUCAUUUUGCCAUUUUCAUCAUACCCCAGGGCCGUGAGACUGAGUGGCUGUUUGGCAUGGAGGAGGGCCGGAAGCAGCUGGCAGCCAGUGCAGGCUUCAGGAGGCUGAUCACUGUGGCUCUUCAUCGGGGCCAGCAGUAUGAUGGCAUGGAUAGCAUUCAAGCAGAGCUGUCAACUAGGGUCAUGGAGCUAGCCCCAGCCGGGAUGCCCCCCCAGCAGCAGGUGCCCUUUCUGUCUGUGGGUGGAGACAUCGGGGUCCGAGCUGUUCAGCACCAAGACCACAGUGCCUUGAGUGGUGACUAUGUUAUUGAGGAUGUGCAAGGUGAAGACAGGAGAUACUUUCGACGACUGAUCUUCCUCAGCAGUAGGAAUGUGGUGCAGUCGGAAGCAAGGCUGCUGAAGGAUGUAUCUCGGAGAGCCCAGAAGAAGCAGAAAAAGGACAAGAAGAAACAGCGACUUGCUGGUGCUUCUGAGGACCUUCCUCCCGCACCAGGGCAGUCCAUCGAUAAGAGUUACCUGUGUUGCGAACACCACAAAGCCAUGAUUGCUGGCCUUGCCCUGCUGAGAAACCCAGAGCUGCUUCUAGAGACUCCACUGGCAUUAUUGGUGGUAGGCCUGGGUGGGGGUAGCCUCCCCCUCUUUGUUCAUGAUCAUUUCCCAAAGUCCCACGUCGACGCUGUUGAGAUUGACCCCUCCAUGUUGGAAGUGGCUACCCAGUGGUUUGGCUUCUCACAGAGUGACCGGAUGAAGGUGCACAUUGCAGAUGGCCUGGACUACAUUACCAGCUUAGCGGGAGGAGAAGCACAACCUCACUAUGAUGUCAUAAUGUUUGAUGUGGACAGUAAGGACCCGACACUGGGAAUGAGUUGUCCUCCUCCAGCAUUUGUGGACCAGCUUUUCCUGCAGAAGGUCAAAAGCAUCCUGACUGCAGAAGGUGUCUUCAUCCUUAACCUUGUGUGCCGUGACUUGGGACUAAAGAACUCAGUGCUGACUGGACUCAAGGCAGUUUUCCCUCUCUUGUAUGUCCGGCGAAUUGAGGGAGAGGUGAAUGAGAUCCUGUUCUGUCAGCUGCACCCAGAGCAGAAACUUGCCACACCAGAGCUCCUGGAAAUGGCCCAGGCUUUGGAGCGGACGCUGAGGAAGCCUGGGCAGGGUUGGGAUGACACUUAUGUCCUGUCUGAUAUGCUGCAGACUGUGAAGAUUGUGUGAGGCAGCCCUCUUAGCUUUCUGCCGAGGCUGGCUUGAACUGGCCUGCUGGAGGUUGAAGUCAUGGUGCACAGCACUUGUAGACCUUGGUUUUUCUUGGGCACACACUCAGCUCCGUUUCCCAUCUUUUGGGGUGCGAAGAGGCAUUUGGGGAAUGAUUUUACUUUUUUUGGAAAGCCUUACUAUGAAAGAAGUGUGGGGUUGGUCUCCGCUUCUGGAGACUGAAGAAAGCCUAAGAGCAGAAGUUACAGUUUGGCAAUGUGGUAGUGUGGAUCUUCAGUGUCUUCCAAUGUGUUUGAAGACUUGCUCCUCAGCCUUUGGCACUGUUGGGAGAUGGAGGAACUUUUAGGAGAGGCCUCGUAGAAGGAAGGUAGGUCAUUGGUGUGACCGAACGCUGAAGGGGCUCUUGGAACGUGGGCCUCUGCUUUUCAGCUGCUGUGAGGCACGCUUGUUCCACCAUGUCUACCCUAUGUGAUUUCCUGCCACUCCACAGGCCCAAGCAGUGGGUCUUCCCUCUGUAGCCUGGAACCUCCAAACUAAGCCAAAUAAACCUUUCCUCCUUAUAA